AUGGCGGAAAAGCAUUCCGAGAACGUCGUUGCCAGCGAAAUAAACGACCUUCAAAGAUUCCGCCAUAUUCACUGGCGUGCGCCAACCGUCAUGGGCGCCGGUUUCCUCUGCGGCGUGAUUCUCAUGGCUUCCCACCACGCGCUCUACCAGAACCUGAGCGGGGAACCGGCAAACAGCGCUCUGUUGCAGCUGUGGGCGAUUCGUGCCGGCACAGCGCUGGCUUUCCUGUCCAAGCUCUGUCUGGCUGUCGGGACGGGAGUCGCGUACGAUCAGUGGAUGUGGGUCAAUUUGCACGCGAAGCCGCACGAGAUCGGCUCGUUGGAUUCCAUGUUUGCGAUAUUGGGCAAUGCCUUCGAGUUUCUGGCUGUUCGCAUCUGGUGCUCGAGACCUGUCCUCACCUUUUUGGCAGCUAUAACUUGGCUUCUCCCCAUUUCUGCCAUCAUCACUCCAGGUACCCUCUCCGUCCAGCCUGUCCUGGUCUCUGAGACCGGCGCUUUAAUCGUCCCCCAGCGUUCCUUCAUGACGGACAGCAACAUCUUCUGCGGUGUGAUCACCGACGGCAACACAACACAGUACGCCUCCAUGUCCACGGGCCUAUCGAACCCGACGUUCGCCACGGUUCUCUCCAACAGUGUCCUCCCCGUAGAGUCCUCCAGCACAAAUCUAAGCUACAGUCUCCAAUUCUUCGGCCCCGCUGUCAGUUGCGACAUGUCGAGUGACGAAGAAUUUUCAUGGGCGAAACAGGCUAUGCUCGAGUACGAGAAUAUGACCGACACCCGAGUGUUUUACUUUGGCUGGGCACCUCAGCCUGGUUGGGGACCGGGAGUGAAUGGCUCAUUCUUCGCAUCCACGGAUGUGCAGAUCGGGAACAAUCGAUUGGACUUUGUCUCCAAGGACGCGGCUCGGGUGUUUGUAUAUCUCAACACCACGGGUGUCGAUGCUACAGGCAGCCGCAUCCCCGACUUCGUCGGCAAAGCAGAGGCGCAGAUGAUAACCUGUGCACUUUACAACGCGUCGUACGACGCUCAUUUCGAGGUGAAGAGCACGGGCGCACAACUCAUCACCGCCACUCCAACGUUCGAGAAUUGGAUGCCGGCCCUCAGCUCGAUGGAGGGCACGCUCCAGGAUCCACGUGUCCGACAACAGAUGAACAUGCAAGCCGUCAUGGAAUCCUUCGUCAUGAUGAUCGAUGGGCCCAUCACCUACUCCAACGACGUCUCUUUCCCGACGACCAACUCGGUCUAUGCUCCCGGGAUGAACCAGGCCUUGUUCCCUGCACAGCCGGGCAUGAACCAAACGGCCCUGACGCUUCGCCAGGCCAAGCAGAACGAGAUGCUGUUUCAGAAUAUUACGUUGAGCAUGCGGUACGGCGUCGUCUCUGGAUCUGUUGGUGAAGACCAGACAACAGCCACCGCAGUGCGCCAAAGAUUCGAAUCACAAUUCGUCUAUGACCCGCGCACACUCCUCGUCGCAUACGGCCUCAGCGCCUUCUUCGCGCUGAUCUGCGUUUUGUUGGGAGUCCACGCCCUGCUCCACAACGGCGCUUCAUACACGAAUUCCUUCUCCACCAUCGUCAGAGUCACGCGAGAUCCGGCUCUUUCGAGACUGAUUGCGGACGAAGGUGAUCUUCAGGGCGCCGAGCCCGUCCCGAAACAUAUCCGUAGGGCCGAGGUGCGGUUGGGGAGGAGCGCGAAGUCGUCGGUCUCCCCGAGUUAUGCUGCAAGCUGGAUUUGA